CGAUCUGGUUUGAAAAUUGUUUUUUACGAGUAAUCCAAACGGCUGUAUCUUGUCAUCCAGGUUAAAAGCUUAACAUGAGUAAUAAAAGCUUUCUCAAUAAAGGACCAGGGAACAAAAAUGGACCUCCACCAGCAAAAAAAAUCAAAGGAAUCGAAGGAAAGAAACCAAGUCAUGACGACUACUUUGGAGAGGAGCCUGAUGAGGCAUUCAUGUUUGCUAGCAUGGACAACGACGAUUUAAUUGGACAGGGUCCUGAAGUAAAGCAAACAACAGCAAAAUUGGCAAGACCUGCACCUCCGCCACUGUCUGAAGAAAAAGAUGGUCUAAUUUUCCAACAGUUAGACAUAGACUAUUACACUGAUAAAGCAAUGAAAGGGAUGCCAGGAGCACAAUCAGGAGCAGUUACCACAAUGAGGAUUUUUGGAGUGUCUCGCCAACAAAACUCUAUUUGUUGUCAUGUUCAUGGUUUUGCUCCGUAUCUGUAUGUUACUGUACCUUCAACUUUCAAGCCUGAACAAUGCAAGCAGUUUCAUGAAGCACUGAACAAGGCUUUAAUAGCUGAUAACAGAUCCAAACAAGAAAUUCAUGAAUUCGUACUUGAGGUUGAGUUGGUAGAGAGGGAAAGUAUGUAUGAAUAUCAUGAGAAUAAAAAAUCUCCCUUUCUGAAGAUUACACUUGCUCUUCCUCCAUUUAUUGCCGCAACAAAACGACUCUUAGAACGUGGAGAAAUCGUUCCCCCUUUUAACAGAAUGAGCUAUGUGGCCUACGAGUCUAAUAUUGACUUUGAGAUCAGGUAUAUGGUUGAUGCGGAUAUUGUAGGCUGUAAUUGGAUCGAGCUACCAGCAGGAAGUUGGCGAUUAAGACCUCAAUCUAACGUAACACAAGUGACAAGUUGUCAAAUCGAAGUCGAUGUCGCAUGGAACAAAGUGAUCUCCCAUGCUCCUGAAGGCGAAUGGGCUGAUGUUGCUCCGUUCCGCAUUUUGAGCUUUGACAUUGAAUGCGCGGGUCGUAAAGGCAUUUUUCCCGAGCCGGACAAGGACAGGGUGAUCCAGAUUGCUAAUAUGGUAUCGCUAUACGGCACAACUGAAGCGUUUGUUAGCAAUGUUAUGACAUUAGACACUUGUGCGCCGAUUAUAGGCAGCCAAGUACUGUCUUAUAAACAUGAAACUGAAUUGCUUGACAAAUGGGCUAAUUUCGUUAGAGAAGUUGAUCCGGAUAUUAUAACUGGAUAUAAUAUUUGCAACUUCGACCUUCCAUAUUUACUCAAUCGUGCGAAGCAUUUGAAACUCCGGGAGUUCGAUUUCCUUGGACGCGUCAAAAAUAAAAAAUCAGCAAUCAAAGAAACAAUGAUUCAGAGUAAACAAAUGGGCCGAAAAGAAAACAAAAGCAUCAACAUUGAAGGCCGUGUACAGUUUGACCUUCUCUUAGUUUUACUCCGCGACUACAAACUUCGCUCUUAUACACUCAAUUCGGUCAGCUACCACUUUCUUUGCGAGCAAAAAGAAGAUUUUCACUCAAUCAUCACCGGAUUACAAGAAGGCAAUCCGCAAACCCGGAGACGGCUUGCUGUUUACUGUCUUAAGAAUGCGUAUCUACCAUUGCGCUUGUUGGACAAGCUCAUGUGCUUGACCAACUACAUGGAAAUGGCUCGUGUGACUGGCGUACCGCUUUCGUACUUGUUGACCCGGGGAGAACAGAUUAAAGUAGUAUCACAGCUGCUAAGAAAAACCAAGGAACAAGGUUUGCUGAUGCCAUUUUAUAAAGCAGAGGUGGGUGAGAAAUUCGAAGGUGCGACGGUUAUCGAACCCAUUCGUGGCUACUACAGCCAGCCUAUCGCUACGUUGGAUUUCUCGUCUCUAUAUCCUUCAAUUAUGAUGGCUCAUAAUUUAUGCUAUACCUCCCUGGUGAAUCCGCGUGACAAAGCGAAGCUUAAGGAAGAUGAGUACAUCAAAACACCAGCAGGAUUCUAUUUUGUAAAGGCUUCUGUACGAAAAGGAAUCUUGCCCGAAAUUUUGGAAGCACUAUUGGCCGCCCGAAAAAAAGCUAAGAAAGACUUGGCUGUGGAAACAGAUCCUUUGAGACAAAAGGUCCUUGACGGACGACAACUUGCCUUAAAGAUAUCUGCUAACAGUGUUUACGGUUUUACCGGCGCACAAGUGGGGAAAUUGCCUUGUCUGGAAAUUUCUCAAAGUGUAACUGCUUUUGGCAGAAACAUGAUUGAGAAAACAAGAGAGGAAAUGGAGGCUAGAUUUCGCGUCGAGAAUGGCUAUGCACAUGAUGCGAAAGUAAUCUACGGUGACACAGAUUCCGUCAUGGUGAAAUUCGGUGUACCCACGGUGGCCGAAGCCAUGGAAUUAGGCCGAGAAGCUGCCGCAUUUGUGUCGGCAAAAUUUAUCAAACCCAUUAAUUUGGAAUUCAAAAAAGCCUAUUAUCCCUAUUUAUUGAUCAACAAAAAGAGGUAUGCAGGAUUGUAUUGGACCAAACCGGAAAAGUUUGACAAAAUGGAUUGUAAGGGUAUAGAAACGGUUCGUCGUGAUAAUUGUCAACUCGUUGUCAAUCUUAUCAAUAGCUGUCUGAAGAAAAUUUUGAUGGAGCGAGAUCCGGAUGGAGCCCUAGAAUACGCCAAACAAACAAUUUCCGAUUUGCUGUGCAACAAAGUCGAUAUCUCACUUCUGGUGAUUACCAAGGAGCUGACUAAAACAGAUAAAGACUACGCCAGCAAACAGGCACAUGUGGAACUAGCUCACAAGAUGCGUAAGCGAGAUGCUGGUACAGCCCCAAAAUUAGGGGAUCGAGUUCCGUAUGUCAUUAUCGCAGCUGCUAAAAAUACACCAGCCUACCUCAAGGCGGAAGACCCGAUUUUUGUUCUGGAACACAGCGUACCUAUUGAUGCCCAAUACUAUUUUGAAAAUCAGCUUUCAAAACCUCUUGUUCGGAUUUUUGAACCAAUUCUUGGAUCUAAAGCGGAAUCGUUGUUACUACAUGGUGACCAUACCCGGACGCGUUCAGUUGUUACUUCAAAAAUUGGUGGAUUGGCUAGCUUUACCACACGCAAAUCCACCUGCGUUGGAUGCAAAACCGUUCUUCCAGAUGAUAGUGCCGUAUGCAAAUUUUGCAAGCCGAAAGAAUCGGAGUUCUACCAGAGGGAAAUUGGCCAACUUUAUGCUCUCGAAGAGAAGUUUAAUCGUUUAUGGACAGAAUGUCAACGGUGCCAGGGAAGUCUCAAUGAAGAAGUUCUUUGUUCCAACCGAGAUUGUCCCAUCUUUUAUAUGAGGACGAAAGUUAGAAAAGAUCUCACGGAACAGAAUAAACUUAUGAAAAGAUUCGGCCUACCCUGACAACCUACCGCUCUCUUCAAUGAUGGCGCAUAUAGGUAAUGUUUUGGGUUCUGCAAAAUAGAUUGU